AUGUGUGAUAGUUGCUUAACAAUAAGAGAAUAUAGUAAGGAAGAUAUUCUUAAACUUCGAGAAGAAGUCCGCGAAAUGUUUCAACAUGCAUAUGAUAGUUAUCUACGAUAUGCGUACCCUUAUGAUGAAUUAAGGCCCCUCAGUUGUGAUGGAGUGGACACAUGGGGCAGUUACUCACUCACCUUAAUCGAUGCACUUGAUACGCUCGCUAUAAUGGGCAAUUACACAGAGUUUAAUAGAGUUGUAAACUUAGUUCUACAAAAAGAGAACUUUGACACUGACAUUAAUGUAUCUGUUUUUGAAACUAAUAUUAGAAUUAUUGGAGGAUUGUUAAGUGCUCACUUAUUAUCUCAUAGAACGGGCUUAGAACUGGAACCGGGUUGGCCUUGUAAUGGACCACUGCUGCGCCUCGCCGAAGAUGUAGCACAUAGACUCAUUGCAGCAUUUGAUACCACCACUGGAAUGCCUUAUGGAACAAUAAAUUUAAGAUUCGGUGUGCCCCCUGGUGAAACUAGCGUGACGUGUACUGCUGGAGUUGGCACUUUCAUUGUCGAAUUUGGCACCUUAAGUAGACUUACUGGAGAUCCACUCUAUGAAGAGGUAGCCUAUAAUGCAUUAAAAGCCCUCUACCACCAUAGAUCACCAAUUGGCCUCCUAGGGAACCACAUUGAUGUAAUGACAGGUCGUUGGACUGCUCAAGAUGCGGGAAUUGGGGGUGGUGUGGAUUCCUACUAUGAAUAUUUAGUUAAAGGAGCGAUACUGUUGGAAAAGCCAGAAUUAAUGUCAAUGUUCAAAGAAGCUAGAGAGGUGAUAGACAAAUAUUUGAAGAAAGAUGAUUGGUUUGUUUGGGCAACUAUGUUAAGGGGACAUGUUACUUUACCUGUCUUUCAGUCUCUUGAAUCAUACUGGCCGGGACUUCUUAGCUUGAUUGGUGAAACUGACACAGCUAUGCGUAUAAUACACAAUUAUCACAGUGUUUGGAAACAGUAUGGUUUCACCCCUGAGGUGUAUAAUCUAGGUACCGGUGAGGCUUCUUCUUCACGCGAGAGUUAUCCCCUGCGGCCGGAGCUCAUUGAGUCAAUCAUGUACCUCUACAGAGAAACCAGAGACCCAAUAUUGCUUCAAAUGGGUGAAGAUAUUCUCAGAAGUAUACAGCACAGCGCUCGAACUCAAUGUGGUUACGCAACGAUAAAAGAUGUUCGCGAUCACCGUAAAGAGGAUCGAAUGGAAUCUUUCUUCUUGGCCGAAACGACGAAAUAUUUGUAUUUGCUUUUCGAUCCUGACAACUUCAUCCACAACCCCGGUGUACAUGGAACUGUUAUAAACACCCCUAACGGCGAAUGUAUUGUCGAUGUGGGCGGUUAUAUUUUCAAUACGGAGGCCCAUCCCAUAGAUCCAACGAUGCUAUAUUGCUGCCAUGAGUCCAGGCAGGGCAUCAACAUAAGCGAAGUACAUAGAAUAUAUCAAAUAUUGGAAGAAGAGGACAACAUCCAGUUUAUGACGAUGAUCGAUGCUUCUGUUAACAAAACUGUGAAUAACACUUCAAUGAAUGAUAACAAAGAAACAUUUGUUAAUGACAGUUUGCCCCCUGUGGUAAAUCAAUCGAAUGAAAUUUCCGAAGACGAAAAGAAAAAGUCGGAAAAAGACGAGUUAAUAAAAACUGAGUCGAAGACAGGUUACGUAAAUAUAGAUGGCACGGAAAUAGAGAAAACAAAAAAUGAGACGAUCUUGAGCGAUAUUGUCAAGGAAAGGAUAAACACAUAUUACGAAAAGGUAAACGUGAAAGGCGAGCAAGAAGUUGAAAAGUUUUAUCCGCGUAAAGAAAAUGAAAAUAAAGUCGCAAUAGACGACAUCAUUGUUAUUCAAAGCUCUCAGGAGGCGGAAAAUGUACAAGUUCCUAGCACCACGAAAGCUAAAGAGUCAUUGAAAAUGUUGCCCAAGGUCAUUCAAGAAUUUUUAAACAGCGACUGGAAGUCCAAACAGAAAUGCGAGCCUCAAUACAUGUUAGAGCGUAUACGUAAAGAAAAGAAAUAUCCAGAACAUCCGGACGUUCAUAAAUACCAGCUGUUGUUAACGCCAGCGCCAUCUUUCUUGCAAAGGAUAUCGUUGGCCGGUGAAUUCCUUAAUAAAAAACAGUUGGAACUA